GCAGCGUCGGGAUGGAGGGCGCUCGCGCGGGGCGGACGGCGGGUUUGGCGCGCGAUGUGCUGGAGCGGGCGCGGCGGCGGCGGCGUCCGGCGGGGCGGCUCCUGCCGGCCUCGGCCCCGGAAGAAGAUUCGGAACGGCUCAGUGCAGCAUUCUCUUCCAUUGUGAACCUGAUGACUCAAGCCACAAAGGAAUGUGAGAAGUACUACAGCUUUGUGGCAGCCUGUAAAUACAAAGAACAUGAAAUCAAACACAUCUGCAGAUACCAUGGCAGGCAAGCACAUGAAAGAGAGAUGGCAUCCGAAGAAGAGGAGAGGACUGAAGCCGCUGUAGCACCCAGUCAAGGUCAAACUUGCCAGCAACAUCCCAGACAAGCUUCUGAAGACAUCUACAUUGAAGUUUCUCCUGGCACCUACUCUGUCACAGCAACCUCAGAAGACAUGGUGCAGCAGACUCAUGUGGUGGAUGUCAGUGCAGGACAAAGUAUUGAUCUAACUUUUGUUCUAUGAUGUUUGCUGUCUUCUGGCAAUCACAAAAAUAAAAUACAAGGCUGUAUUAAUGCAUGUAACAAACUAUCUAUUCUUCUUAUUAGCACUUUAAUAUCAUCCUCUUUGGGACUCCUUUUUUAUGGCCUGUAUAUUUGUUUUCUACUCAAUGAAUGCAAUUAUAUGCAGCCCACUUUGUACACUGAUUUUAUACAUACUUGUACACUGUAUUUCUUAAAUCCAAUUAUGUGACUGCAAUUCCAGGGUUUUAUGCUUUAAACAAUGAAAGAUACAAUCAGUGGAAUAAAAUACAUAAUUUAAUCUUUGUGAUGACAGUGUCUUUUACAUUAUCCUCAGACAGUGUCCAUGUCGCAUUCAUGACCACAGAGAGCAUGAUCCACAUGGUAUGAAUAUAGAUGUACAUUAGCUUCUGUGGACUGGCACUGAUUUUAGAGCAGCUGACUCAC